AUGCUUAAUGUCACUUUGUUUUUGUUACUGGUGUUCUGUGUUCAAUCCAUCAGACCGAUGGCACAUCCAAAUGUUACUUUGAUUGCAGAUUUGGAUGUACUUAAAGAUGAUUCGACUAUCAAAGUCAAAGUGAUAAACCUAUGGAACCUUUUUUCAUUCUAUAACAAUGACGAACUUUUCUCCAUUGAAUUAAUCUUAAUAGAUGAGCAGGGUACUAAGAUCCAAGCAAAUGUAACAAGAAAAAACAUCUAUCGUUUCAAAAACAUUCUAAAAGAUGGAUUAACAUUUUACAUAAAAUGUCCAAGCUUUGCAUCUCAAAGGAUGGGUGGUUUUACUUUAACUCGGCAAGAUCAUAAGCUUAGUUUUGUCCAUGAAACUGUUGUUACGGAGUGUCAUGAUUUUUCUGGACCUACAUUUGGUUUUGAGUUUGUUGAUUACCAAUCUAUUAUCUCAUUGGUCCAUCCUGAAAACAUCGCUAUCGAUGUUAUUGGAUUAGUGGUUGCGUUUGGUGAGAUGGUGCGAGACAAUGAUGAUAAGAAAAAACACAGACUAAACAUCCAAAUCCAAGAUGCAAACGGUUUGCAAUUAAGUGUCAAUUUGUGGGGUGAUUUUGCUUACAAGAUGCAACACUUUCUUGAUAACAAUCCGCACAAUCUUCGUAUCAUUGUUAUCCUUCAAUUUGCAAAACUUAGUAUUUGGAGAGACAUUGAUGAAAUCAAUGUUUUUAAGAAAAGUUUGGAUGGAGAUGAUCGCCCUGAUUCAUCCACAAAUACAUUGACAUGUAUAAAGUCUAAUAAAGUUUCCGAACAUGAUGAUUUCAUGGUUAACUUUCAGUUGAAGACAAUUUCUGAGAUUUCUGAACCCUUGGAGAAAAAUACAUUCAUUAUCGUGGGUACUAUAAAGGGAAUUUUACAAAAUGAAAAUUGGCAUUAUCUAGCAUGUACAAGUUGCAACUACAAAGCAUUUCGUCCUCCUGGUGCAAACGAUCAACCUAAUGCUGAUGGGGUUUUUAUUGGUUAUGAAUGUCAUAAUAAGGACUGCACAAAAACUGAAACUACAGUUAUUCCCAGAUUUAUGAUCCCGCUACGUGUACAAGAUAAUACUGGUACUGUUACCCUAACCAUGUUUGAAAGGGAUGGAAAGUAUCUUUUGAAGAAAUCAGCCAAGGACCUGUUUAAUAAAACAUUACAGAUUGGUACUUCACAGUCCUUUGAUAUUGCCGAAGCAGAUUUUGAAUCACAGGAGAAUCGGAUUUUGAAGGAUGCAAUUUCUAGGACAGACGACAACAUAACACCUGAAACUGUUGAUAAAAACUCAACAACAAGUCCCAUGAAGAGUUUAAAUACACCAACAAUUUUGAAGAGAAAUUUGGAAGAAGUCUUUGAUUUGGAGAUGAAUGAAAAGUUAUCAUCAACGAAAACUCCAAAAAUUUCAUUGGAAGGAGGCAAUAACUAGAUUGUGAAGGUUAAGUUGGAAAAAAGUGGCUGAGUUUUUAUUUUAAUGAGAAGUUUCAUAAGGUAGUGAUGAUUUUAAAACAGUGAUUUUGCAUUUUAUUUA